UGCAGUGCACGUCGGACUCCUCUGCCAGGACACGCAGAGUGAAAGUUAAAACUCCUGGAGCUUUCGUCCAUCCAAUCGUGCUCUAGAUGGAAUCUGGACUUGGAGGAAACAAAGACAUCUGCUGUCAUCAGCUAAACCCACUGGAGGGUGUUCCUUUUCCCUUAUAUGGCAAGAGAGCUGGGGAAUCAUUUGAAUUUGUCUGGUUUCUGUUGCAUGCCUGUCUGGUUUAGUGCUGACUGAGUUCCAUCUGGUGUGUUUCUGUCUUUUCCGUGUGUGUGAAAGAGUUGUGUGUGUGGCUCAAUCUUUUUGUUUUGCCAUCCUCGAUUUCUCUUUCUCCCGUACUUGCAUGAGGGGUUGAGGUGGAGGUAGCGUCGGUUGCUCACCAUGGCUGCUACUCUUUCUUUUUCUAGUUGCACUGCUGUUUGUGGUCUGUGCUUAAUAAUGCCACACAUGCACUUAUGCACCACAGCUCGCAAACUAGGAGAGGAAAUGUGCGUCUUCACACAAGGUUUCAUCCAAAUGGGGGACUAGACCUUCUGCUGAGGAGUUCUGCUGGACCGGAUUAACAUAAGCAUCAGAUGGAUGCUGUUCUCCUCUCUCAGUGACAGAGAAUGGAUGGCUAAAUGCAAACCAGGGAGCCAGGAAGUGUUCUCUGAGACAUUGGCAAAAAGGAUCAUGGGUAAUUAUAAUCUCAAGUGGAUUAAUUGAUGCGGAUUACAAAACAAGCUUCACUUAGCAAACUUGGAUGUGUUACGUGAAGACCAUCACCUGUUGUGGAUUAUUCUUAUAAAGACUCCUCCAUGCGUUAUUGAGCAUGGCUUUGGCACCAUGGUAUCAUCGUGACAUCAGCCGUGUGCACGCAGAGGAGCUGUUGGCCCGGGCAGGGCGGGAUGGCAGCUUCCUUGUAAGGGACAGUGAGUCUGUACCAGGAGCCUAUGCAUUAUGCCUGCUGUUCCAGUGUCACGUUCACACCUACCGUAUUCUUCCCGAUGCGGAUGGUCUUCUGGCCGUUCAGACAACACAGGGGGUGCAGGUGAACUGCUUCCGGACCCUGGAGGACUUGGUGUUGGGCUACAAUCACCCUCACAAGGGCCUGGUCUUUCCCCUCCUCCACCCGGUUCACCGUGAUACAGACCAAGGAGAGGAGAGCUCAGAUGAUGAGAAGCCACCUCUUGCUCCUCCAGUCUCUGGCAGCACUGUUUCUCUGACAGGACCGCCUGCAAAACCAGCCUCCAGUGCUCCUUUCCUGGAGAGGCUGCAGGAGCUGAACACAUCCAGUGUUGCAGGCGAGGUUAUCGGCCUGCUCAGUGAAUACCUCUGGAGAGAGCUGCCACUGGACAUUGAGAACAUGCACAAAGGAGCAACAACUUUAUGUCAUCUCAAGCGAACUCUGGGUUCUGCCUGCCAGGGUUUAAACAGUGAGAUUGAUCUGACUCUCUCAAGUCUGGAAACCUUGGCAAAAGUCUUUGACCAUCCCAGCUGCUCCAUCCCUCUCAGCAAGGUGCAGGGUCCUGAGAUGGAAAUUGACAACCUGUUAUGUAAGAUCUCAGCUUUGGCUAACCUCCUUUCUUCACUGGAGAAAAAGGUAUUAAAAGCUUUGCAAGAUGCUGUUACCAACCACAAUCUGGCUGUGCAGCCAACACCCCCCUCUCCUACCAAUGUCCCGCCUGUACAGAGCCAAGCUGAACAGCUGCCCGUCCACUCUUUCCAGGUGAAGAUGCUGAGGUACGGCAGACAAACUGUUUCAGUGGAUGUGAACUCAGGAGUGGUUCUUUUUGACAAGAGGGUCGGCUCAUUCAGCACAGAAAGGGUCUCACAUGCCAGAAUUCUUCAGAUUGUCAAGCUUCAGAGCACCCCAGCAAAAGUACGCUUGGUGGUUGACAGCUACCACAACGCGCCGCGGGAAAUGACGUUUGAGAGUGCGCGGAAGUGUGACGCCUUCUGCCAGCUCCUGCUGUUGAUGAAGACCCGGCAGUGUCAGAGGCCUGAACCCGAUCUAGUCUCAGUGUUUGUCGGCACUUGGAACAUGGGUGGUUCCCCUCCUCCUCGAAGCCUGCAGUCGUGGGUGACCUGCUGUGGUUUGGGACACACUCCUGAUGAGUCCGUGGCUCUGCUUCCUCAUGACAUCUACGCUCUGGGAACGCAGGAAAACCCCCAGGGGGAAAGAGAGUGGACGGAACACAUUAAAGCAACGCUCCACAGCUGCACCCAGAUCCACUUCAAACAGGUGGCAGUGCAGUCCUUGUGGAAUAUGAGGCUGGCUGUGUUCGUGAAGCCAGAGCAUGAGGGUCGGAUCAGUCAUGUGAACACAGCCAGUGUGAAGACAGGCCUGGGGAACACACUGGGAAACAAGGGGGCCGUGGGGGUCUCCUUCUUCUUUGGUGGUACAUCCUUCGGGUUUGUUAACUGUCACCUGACCUCUGGAAGUGACAAAGUUCUGAGGAGGAACCAGAACUACGUGGACAUUCUUAGGCUGCUUUCUCUGGGGGACAAACACCUCUCUGCCUUUGACAUCAGCCUGCAGUUUACCCAUCUCUUCUGGUGUGGUGACCUCAACUACAGGCUCGACUUGGACGUACAGGACAUCCUGAAACAUGUCUCCAGGAGGGAAUUCGAGGAGCUGGCUUGUGCAGACCAGCUAACUCAAGAGAGACACAAGAGGAAGGCUUUUCUCAAUUUCAAGGAAGAAAAGAUUACAUUUCCACCCACUUACCGCUAUGAAAGGGGCUCUCGAGGCUGCUAUCUAUGGCAGAAAUACAAGACAUCUGGAGUGCGAGUCAAUGUUCCAUCAUGGUGUGACAGGAUUCUGUGGAAGUCCUACCCGGAGACACACAUCGUCUGUUCUGCAUAUGGUUGCACAGAUGACGUUUUUACAAGCGAUCACUCACCUGUUUUCGCCACAUUCCAAGUAGGAGUGACAUCCCAGUCCAAUUCCAAAAGAGAUUCCAGUCUGGAGAGGGCCUGGAUUGAGCUUGAAGGCAUUGAGGCCAUCGUGAAGACGGCAAGCAAGGCAAAGUUCUUCAUUGAGUUCUACUCCUCUUGUCUUGAAGAGAUGUGCUGCUCCAGUGAAAAUGACUCCCAGAGCUGCUAUGUUCCCGGGUUCCUCAAACUGAGCUGGUCCUUCAAGCAGCUGCCAAAGCUUCUUCCUCUUAUGUCAGACAUGGAGCAUCUGCAGGACCAGCACCUUCUGUUGUCGGUGAAAUCCUGUGAUGGCUUUGAGUCCUAUGGGGAGUGUUGUGUGGCUCUACACUCACUGACAGGUGCCUCGGAGAAAUUUGAGACGUUCUUGAGUCACAGAGGCGAGGAAAUGGGCUCUAUAAGAGGACGGGUCAGAGUUCACGUGCCCAAAGACAGAAGAGCAACGCGGCAGAAGAUCUACGAAUUGUUCUGUUUUGAAAAGGAUGACAAGAGUCCGGGGCGGGGCCGCAUGUCCCCUGCAGCAACUCGGAUCACAGGAAGUCGGUCUUCAGGUGUUACUCCUAAAGUCAUGUCAAGCAGCUUCACCAACCCGGCGUAUUUCCUCUUUGAGGGGGUGUCAGUGCCACGCAGAGUGGAAGAAGCCCUCUCCUCGAGAAAAGAUCCUCAGGUGAUCUGGUCUGGCUCUGAAGCCCUCCAGCUCCCAAAGAUCUCUGAGCGUCAGGGCUUUGACCGGAGACCCUGUCGCAGAUCCGACUUCACAGAAAUAGAAAUUCCAGCCGUCCUGCCCCAGUGCUCUCUAACCAGUGACUUUCCUGCAUCCCAAACCAGUUCUUCAUAUCAGCUUUUUCCAGCUCAAAGCCCGUCUCCAAUACCUCCAUCCUCAAAUAACCUCCUCUCACAGCCCCAGGAGCAGACCUCACAACCCAGAGAAAAGUCUCAAGGAAAACUUCUGAUUGCUCAGGACUGUACAACGCCUGACAGCCCCAGUAGUACGUACAUGAACCACCCCGCAAUCAUCAGGCAGAAAAACAGACGGGAUCCCCACCAGAAUCAUCUAACUAGAAACAACGUCACCCAAGCGGUAAAGCCACCACCCGCUCUCCCCUACACCCAGACUCACGUACAAAAGUCUCACUUUUCUUCUGCCUGGCAAGCAUCUUCUCAGCAACCCCAUGGACCCUCUGGACCCACAGGGGACAACUCGCUCACUGCUUUGCAAAUGGCAAAGUCUCUCAGUGAAGUGAGCUUCUUUCCAUCAGAGCAGGGGAGUCCAUCCUUCCUCAACAAGAGAGACAAUUCCAGAAACGGCCCUUUCAAGCAUGGAGACCAGUGCUACAGCUGGGAGAAAGAGGUGUCGGUGCUCAGAGGUGCACCAGAAACUGUGAGGGAACUUCUCUGUAGUCUGGGCCUUCAGACGUACACGUAUGGACUUAGUAUGAAUGGUUGGGAUGAUCUGGACUAUUUCAGUGGCAUCACUGAGGAGGAUCUCUGUGCUGCCGGAGUAUCAAAUCCAUCGCACCGACGCCGGAUCCUGGAGAAUCUGCCCAGGAAUUGGAACUGACAAAGAGAUCAUAGCGUUUAUGUUGUCAAAAAACUGGAAGAAUUUUCAUGACUCGUGACAGCAGAUGUUCCUGCACCAUGUUCCUGCUAUGUUUGCAUAGUUCUGUCAGCAAGCCGUUCUCUGCAGCUUAAUCCCAGAGGAAACAAUGAAGAAGCAAACUGCACAUUGUGGCUUUUCAUCUAAUUUGAUGAUCGGGGAACGGAUGAUUUGAAUGGAAAAACUUUAUGUGUCUGUUUGCUUAAGCAUAAAGAAUGAAUAUUGUAAAUAUUUAGACACUGCUCAUAUUGUCUCCAAGUAGACUUUAAUUACUAAGACAUAUCACUUCAGUUUUCAAGCUUUACUUACUGCUGUUUGCUUCUUCUUCAAUGCUCCUGCUUAAUAAGCCCUCUAUGAAAAAAAAAAAAUAUAACUCUUCCUUUUCUCUGCAAGGAAAAUGUUAUGCUAAGAUCUGCACCAUGGCAGAUUUGUACUGACUAAGACUUCCUGCCAUGUUACUUAAGCAGUAGAUCUGUUUGCUGUCUGUGUUUGAUGCUUUUAAGGCAGAUAAAGCAGCACUUGACAGUCUCCAGGCAAACACAAGUGUCACUCUGCAGACAGAGUCCAGCUCUAACAUUUACAUCUGUCUUAUUUUAGGGCACCAACCCUGCUACAACUUGAUCUCUGUUCCAUUUCUAGCCUUUUUUUAUGUAAACUACUUAAAGGUGGUUGUUGCAAAAAAGGGACAGUAAAAUAAAAGUUCCUUUUUUCCCUGAGAGCUUCAAAAUUAAUGGUGUCACAUUGUUGUAACAGAUAAUGACUUUGGGUGAUUUUGCAGAAGCAAAUGUUAAAGAAUUAUUUUACAUCCUUCAUUCAUGUACCUACUAAAGAAAAUAAUAUAUUGGCUAAAAUCAACACAAAUAUGUUUGAUAGUCUUUGCCAUGAAUGUUUUCUAACAUCUAAAAUCCACACAUGAACAUUUCAGGAGUUUUGUUGAGAUGAACAUCUAAAACUAACGAUCCACAGAAGCAACAGCUGCUAAAGCAGUCAGCAAAUGUGCUCGUUUGUCAGUUAAUUGUAGGAAUUUAAUUUCAGCAAACAUCAAAGCACAUAUGUGCUCAAGGCGGAGAGUGUCGUAACUGGUUCUUUACAGACCGGAUUGCAGCGAGGUUUCACUUUGACAGGGAACUUCGUUCAUGUGUCAGGAUCAGUCUCAUGCAAGGGCUGGAGUGUUAUACAAGCAAGCAUUACCUUGUGUAUUUCAGCAACAGAGAUAAUCGUGUUGUAGGUUUUCAGCUCUGUGGUUAGAUUUAUUAUCAGUGACACAAGUACUUGUGUCAGAUCCCAUCGUUUUAAAUAUAUUUGACUCAAAUUCUUUCAAUUGACAGAUUAAAGUCAUGUUUGCAUCUCUGGACUGACAUUAUGAAUACUUUUUAAUAACUGCUGGAUUUGUUUGUUCUUUUUUUGGCCUUUCAAAAAACGCCCAAUGAUACCAAAUCCAGCCACAAAAGUGAAAUUUGAUUUCCAGUAAUAACAAGUAAAAACCAGAAGAAAAUGUCUAAUCACCCAUCAUCUGUUUCCUUCUACAUAAAAAAUAAAUAAAUAAAUAAAAUCUGGAAUUUCCAUUGAUGAUAAUACCUAAACAAGUUGACUUCCAAAUUCAGGCUGUCAACUCCAAAGAGUGGCUGAAAAAAGUACAAAAGUAGCUUGUAAACUGCCAGAAAUAAAUAAAAAAAGGUAAAGUUAUCUAAUACUGAAAGACGGUGUACAUUUCACCAUUACACAACAAGGCAGCAUAAACUAGAUUAACAGUUUAAAGCUGUUAUGUGCAAUCAAGGUUGAUUAAGUCUUAAAAGUUGUUCCAACAGGCGUUACAACUUUUCUCUGUGACGUACAGCUUUUUUCUGUCAGCAUCAAAGCAGAGACUGUGGUGCCAAAUCCUUCUGAGCUUUAGCUAAAGUGGAGUGUUGCUUCAAAAACAGCACCAAAAAAAGAAAAGGCAGCCAACAACAGAAGAUCAAACAACAGAACAUACAAAACUGGAACACAGACAAUGGAAAGAAAGUUAAAGUGACUGUGAGUUUCUAUUAGCAUCUGAAUGUGUCCCAAAUUGUCCCAAAGUCACGACUCAAUCAGAUGACCCAAAUAACAAAUGUUUUAAAUUAUUUAACAUAAACUAAUAAACACUACACAACAUGAUUGGCAGAUUUUGUUGUCCCAAAGUUUAGAGAACUUUCACUUCUGUUUAUACUCAUCAGUUUUGGUUUUGUUGUGCUUUUUUUUUUUUGGUUUUAUUUUGUAAUCUCAUCCGUGAACACAAACUUCUGAUGAAAAAGGUUGAACUUCCAACUUAAUGGGUAGCUGACUGCCAAACCUCACUGUGGUUUGUGCUUCGAGCAUUCAGUAGUUACUCAUUAAAGUAAAGCACUUGUCUGCCGGCUGCAGGUUUGUGUCAUUGACCACAAAGUCGUUGCUUCUCUCACACCAAUGACAUCACAAUCUGUGGUUCAGGACAACUGCAGUCAGGCACAAAAAAAAAAAAAUCCCAGAAAAAAA